AUGCAUAUACCACCUGGUUUACAGCAUGCGCCUAACCAAGAGCAUGAGCUAAAGGCAAUGUUGAAACAAUUGCUCCAAGGCCAAGCUGAUGGAGUUGUGGAAACAAGCAAUAAAUUGGCUGAUAUCAAUUCCAAGAUAGAGUCCUUGAACACUAGAGUCUACAGUUUAGAAAACCAUGCUUCUUCUUCUGCUGCUGCAAAACAAGGACAACUACCUGGAAAAGGUGUUCAGAAUCCUAAGGAGCAUUGCAAAGUGAACUUCACUCAAGAAGGAGGACUUGAUGAACAAGCUGAUAAUGAGAGAGCCAUUGAGGAGUUCUGUAUGCUGCUUACUAAUGAAGACAAUGUUGUUUCUGAGGCUCCUGGAGUCCAGAAUGUUCAACCUGAAAUGCAGGCUACUCAAAUAGCCAUUCACACUUCACCAGUUGAGCUCGCACAACAAGCUCGAUCGACCGCCUACUCAGUCAAGGCCACAAGGAAGUUAUUCACAAGUUCAGAAGAGGAUGAAGGGAAAUUCACUCUCCCUUGCACACUUGGCCAUCUUGAGCUUGACAACGCCUUAGUCGAUUCUGGUGCAAGAGAGUGCAUAAUCCAAACUGAUCUCACUGUCUUGGAGAUGGAAGAAGAAAAGGAUGUGCCUUUGAUCUUGGGAACUCCCUUCCUUAGUACAAUUGGCGCUUCAAUUGAUUUUCACAAGCAAGAGGUGAUUCUCCACAAAGUGAAUAGUUUGGUCUCAUAUCGCUUGCAGCCUAGAGGAUAUGAGUAUUGUGGCACAAUUGAAAGCACCCCACUAAGUUCCAAGAGUCAAGAAGUUGCCAAGGUUGUGAAGGAAAAUGUUGAAAAAGAGCCAAGGAUUGUGAAGAUAAGGUUGAGAAAGGAUCAAGAAUUGAGAAACCAAGACUUGAGAGGCCACGACUUGAGAAACCACGAUCUGAUAGGCCAAGAGCUGAUCGCCUUGUUCAAGCCCUUGUGUGCUUGA